GAGGGCUUCUGGCCAGUUUACCGGUUUCCGUUUAGGUGGCGCAGAGCUUCGCGCCUAAGAUCAACGGCCACCAAGAUGACUACACAAAGCCAACAGCCGCCCAGAGUCCCAAGAACAAUGAUAGGUGUCAUUCUAACCGGCCAUGGCGGCCCCGAGAAACUUGAGUACCGCGACGACCUACCCGUCCCCACGCCAGAACCCGAUGAAGUCCUGAUCCGUGUCGCAGCCGCAGGCAUUAACAACACGGACAUCAACACCCGAAUAGGCUGGUACUCUAAAGGCGUCAAAAGUGGUACCGGCACCGGAACAGCAGAAGGCCAGCGGGACGAUGCAUCAUGGUCCGGUGUCCCUCUCCAGUUCCCACGUAUCCAGGGCGCCGACUGCUGCGGCCGCAUCCUCGCAGUAGGCUCGAACGUCGACCCGAAGCGUAUCGGCGAGCGUGUGCUCGUCAACACCAUGCUACGGCACUACGUGGGUCGCCGGCCGUACGAGUGCUGGACGUUCGGGUCGGAGUGCGAUGGUGGGUUCGCGCAGUAUGCCAAAGCACCUGCAGCUGAGACGUUCAAGGUAGAGUGUGACUGGAGUGAUUCCGAGAUUGGCUCGAUUCCGUGCGCUUUCUCCACGGCGGAGAACAUGCUGCAUCGCGCCAAUGUCAAGGCGGGAGAGCAUGUUGUGAUCACGGGUGCAUCCGGGGGCGUCGGCGCUGCGGCUAUUCAGUUGGCAAAGCGGCGAGGUGCAUAUGUGACUGCGAUUGGCGGGAAAGAGAAGGCGAAGGACAUGUUGGCUGUGGGCGCCGACCAAGUCGUUGCAAGAGAUGAAGACUUGAUCUUAAAGCUUGGAAAAAACACUAUUGACGUUGUACUGGAUCUCGUCGCUGGUCCUUCAUUUCCAAGUCUGCUCGAUGUGCUCAGACAGGGAGGAAAAUAUGCGGUUGCUGGAGCCAUCGCAGGUCCACUUGUGGAGCUCGAUGUUCGAACGCUGUAUCUCAAGGAUCUCAGCUUCUUUGGCUGUACUUUCCAGGAAGACGAAGUCUUCCCAAACUUAAUUUCUUAUAUUGAACGAGGCGAGAUUCGACCGCAUGUGAGCAGAGUGUAUCCACUGAAGGAGAUCGGACUAGCGCAGGAACACUUCGGGUCGAAGAGGACUUCCGGGAAGUUGGUACUGGAGAUUCCAUAGGCAAGAUCAGAUC